AUGAUUAACCCCAAAGUGUCCGUGUUUUCUCUGCCGCUCGCACCAUGGCAGCAGAAGCCCAGUGUUCGUGUCGAAAAGUACGACGCACGAGCCGGACACAAGCGGCGGAAGUCCGGAGACCAUUGGGACGAUGAAGAUCAUGACCAAGGCGAUACAGACGUGGACACCGGCCCGGAGGUGACUUAUAGCCAGGGCCCGUCGCUUGUUCUAUCGCCAGACGAGGUGCACCAGUAUCGAAUUGCUGGCUUGCCAUUUGGCCAAGAGCUCCCUGGUGGGAAUUUCCCCCACGCCAACGUAGUAGACCGAGAAAGAAAGCGGCCGGAUAAGCAUCAUAUCGAAGAACUGUCGAACCAGUCGCCUCCCAUUUUCAUUCCUGGAUCUGAGACGACGGAUAGUACCCUGCAUUUGCGCCACUUAGGUGUGCUCACCACAAUCCUGCACAGAUGUCUCCUGGAAGGCGACUUUACUCGCGCGGGCCGUGCAUGGGGGAUGCUUCUUCGCGAGAGAAUCGGUGGCCACCUGAUUGAUAUUCGACUGGAAGGAAGAUGGGGCAUUGGAGCAGAAAUUCUCUUUCGCCAACCUCCUAGGGAAUCACGAGCCAAGUCUCCAGAAAACGUAGGCAUCAGCGACAAGCCUCUUUUCACUCGGCAAGGAUUCGAGGCUGCAAAAGCUUACUACGAGGGACUGAUUAUUCAGUAUCCCUAUCGAAAAUAUGCCCCGAAUAGCGUCAGCUCCGUGCAUUUUUACCCGGCUAUGUUCAGUCUGUGGAUCUAUGUUGUAGACGCCGAGAGCACGAAUGCUAGAGAGGCAGUUGAAAACGAGGAAGACGACGACGCUGUGUCUGACAGCCUUUCGGAAACGGGCGAUGUUUCUAUGUCGGAAAUGGAUGGCGUCGAAGACCAAAACCGAAAAUUAUCCACUCAAAUUGCUAGGAUUCGAUCAAAAGAGCUGACCGAAGCACUGGAAAUCGCAGCGCGCAUGGACGAGCUUCUCAUAUCACCACCUUGGUCAGACAACCCAGAACUUCUCCAGCUUCGGGGAAUGGUGGCCCUGUGGAUCGGGGAUUUACUUGUUUCGUCUCUGCCAGAGGCCACCACAAACACCCACCGAGAGUCGUCAGACUCACCCCAGGUGCUCCUCGCGCGAAGAGAAACAAAACUUGCCAAAGAGAAACGAGAGGCUGAAAAAGUGAAAGCAAGUGAACUCUUUGAAAAGGCAAAGAUGCGGCGACGAGUGAACCAGUCAAUCGAAGACCAUCAUAUGUGA